AUGUCCGAUCGAAAACCCGGCUGUGUUAGAAAAGGGCCGGAGAGGGGGUCCAAUGCUGGGACCGGCACAGGAGCCACCCAGCUUUUUAUUGAACUUCAAGUGCUCGGCUGCCCAUGGCGAUUCACGUUCGAAACGGGACUUGAAAAUGGCGGAUCGGCAAGCGACCACGGUGAGAGCAGCGGCGCCAGGUCCAUCGGGCUCGUUUGCGGAAUUGACGGCCACGGCCAGGGAGGCAACGUCGAUGACGACGAGGAGU